CCCCUCGGUCUUGUGAUAUGUAUCCCGUCAUGCUCUAAUCAAAGAUGGCGGGAUUUGUUGUGGGAGGGAAGUGUCGUUCAUUCAUCUGAAUUUUUAAUCUCUUCCUUCUGACUCCCUCAAGUCGUUAGGUUGAUGUUUCUGGAAGAAAACUGUGGUACUGAAGACACUGUAGACACCCGGAAGACAUGGAGUUGAGACCCGUCUUAUACGUGAAGAAAUCCCGGAAGUAAAGUCGAACCCAGUGACAUCGCGAUGGCUUCGGGAGCAAAAUUCAUCCGCCUUGGAUUUUACGGAACCUGCGUCCUCUUCUCUUCCCUGUCUGGACUGUCUGAGGCCUCCGCUCUACCUCACCAGAAAGAUGUAGACCCAGCUGCAGACAGUGGAAGCCUGUUGGACAGUGAGGGCAGCGUGUUAGCAGCCUGGGUGUCAGGAGCAGUCUUACUGUCACUGGUGAUCCUCACUGCUGUCUGUCUCUGCUGCAAGGAUCGCAGGUUCAAGGACCUUAAUGAGGAUGUGGCAGAGGUUUCUGGGAGUUCAAUGUCUCCAAUGUCGGACAUGUUUGCCCCCAUGUCAUCCUUCACCAACAGUCCUGUGGAGAUAGAACCUCUCCCUGAUAUAACUGUACUCUCACACAGUGGUCCCCAGUCUCCCAACCCCCCAGGCUCUGUACUGGCUCCUUUUGGAUCUCACCCAGUCGCUACCAGAGGUGUGAGAAGGACCAACUUUCCACGCUCACAGCUCAACUAUGUGGCUGAGAUUGGAAACGGCUGGUUUGGCAAGGUGUUGGCAGCCGAGGCCAGCGGACUGAUGCCAGGGGAACAGAAGUCCCACGUGAUAGUCCGGCAGCUCAAGACAUCUGCAGGCCCCGAGGAACAGGCUGUCUUCCUACAGGAGCUGCAGCCUAACAGAGAGCUGCAGCAUCCCAACCUGCUGGUGGUUCUGGCCCAGUGUCUGGAGACCAUGCCGUUUCUACUCAUCAUGGAGUACUGCGCCAUGGGUGAUUUGAAGGGUUACCUGGUCCGGCAGCGUAGAGAAGCCCAGACCCUGGCCCAGAAGGGAACCCUGCUGAGGAUGGCCUGUGACAUGUCAGCUGGGCUGCACUUCAUGCACCAGAAUGGAUUCACUCAUGGUGACCUGGCCCUGCGGAACUGUAUGGUCGGCAGUGACCUGACUGUGAAGAUAGGAGACUACGGCUUGUCUCACGAGCGGUAUAAGGUGGACUAUGCUCUGGUGAACCAGACUGAACUGGUUCCGGUGCGGUGGAUGGCGCCGGAAACCGCACGGCUGUCCGGCAGUCAGGUCCGACUGCUGGACACCACCACUCAGGCCAACGUCUGGUCAUUUGGAGUGUGUCUGUGGGAGUUGUUAGAGCUGGGCAGACAGCCGUACUCCGGCCUGAGUGACCAGGACGUGCUGGUAGAGGUCAUCACUGAACAGACUGUCCGCCUGCCCCAGCCUGUACUAGACAUCCUACAUGCAGACAGAUGGUAUGAGUUGAUGCAGUUCUGCUGGCUGAGUGCGGAGGAGAGGCCGUCCAUGGGGGAGCUCUACUCCCUCCUGUCUUACCUCCGCCACCAGAAGGAGGAGCUGGACGCUGCAGAGUUUGAGCGUAAGUGGACGACCAUGAAGCCGCGGGACACGGUCGCGUCGCUCAACGACUCCAAACUGGCGCUGAACGGGUCGGCGGUGUCAAGCUCGCCUGACCUGGUGAUGUCACACCUGCGCGGCAGCAGCCACAGUCUCAACGUGUCGGUAACCUCACAGGACAGCCGGCUGUCGGGUAGUGUAGCAUCUGGAGUUGUGCCUGUUGACGUGAUUGUCCACUGGCCGCGCCGCUCCAGUGCCUCCAGCAGUAUUGUCAGUACUGGAACUCUCACGGGCAGCGACACCGAGCGCACGGGCGGCCCGGACAGCAACAAGGGCAGCAGAGCGGAAUCCGCCAGCAGCGACAACGUUUUUCCAUCCGUCCAAGGAACAGAAUCAGAGACCUCCGCAGAGACAAGUGUAAAACCUGAUGUAACAGAUACAGGCACUUCAGAGGUUACCAACAGUAACGUGUCAGCAAAUAACUCCAACUCUGCAGGGCCAACACUGCUGCUGCCAGCCCUACUCCGUCCUCAACUACAGGAGCAGCACAGAACUCCUCAACAACAACAAGUACAGCAACCACAUGUACAACAACCACAGGCACAACAACCACAGGUACAACCACAAGUACAACAACAAGUACAACCACAGGUACAACAAUCACAAGUACAGCAACCACAAGUACAGCAACCACAAGUACAACAACCACAUGUACAACAAGCCCAACACCAAGUACAACAACAUAAACAACAACAGGUACAUCAACAAGUACAACACCAAAUACAACAACAGUAUCAACAACAAGUACAGCAUGAAGUUAGACAAGGACAGCAGCAGCUGUCACAGGAACAGCACGAGGUCACCGUCUCAAAGGGACAACAACUUGUGACUCAUGAAAAACGGGUGUCUGAGUUACAGAAACUUCAGUCUGCAAGUUCUACCAUGGUCAGCACUGUUGUGCAGGAAAGCUUUGCUACAUCAACUAGUAGUAGUAGUAGUACCUUCUCGUUUAGAAGUGAAGUACACAAGUCUGAAACGUCAAGAGAAGUGAAAGUCGAUAAGGAAAAGCAACAGAUGUUUUUGAUACGUUGCUAGUGAGCCCAGGUAGUG